AUGAAGAAUAGAAGGUUGGUCCACACAAGGGCGAGUGACAAGCUAUCGAUCACGCUGUUGAUCGACACCAAGGCAGCCACGGUUUGUUUCGCCGAGGCUGGCAACGACGUCGUCGAGUUCCUGUCGGGCCUCCUCUCACUGCCGCUGGGCAGCAUCAGCAACCUGCUCACCCAAGAGCGCAUCGCCGGCAGCUUCGGUAAUUUGCUUGCGAGCGUGGAGAUGCGGGAUGCUGACUACAAGGGCAAGGAGCAGCACCUGAGCCCGGCUGUCGCUCCGGCCACGCUCUGCCACCUGGAGGAGCUGCUAGGCACCGAGCUGAGCAACUGCAACACCCACUUCUACACCUGUGAAAAUAAGAAGACCGGCAGAAGCUGUGGAUUUCUCUCGGCCCGCAGUGGCAGCGCCUGCCCCGCCUGCAAAGGUAGAAUGUUCGAUCCUAUGCUUCUCUCCAGCGAGAAUGAGGAGGUGGCGACAGCUGGCAGGAAGUGGCAGGCAUCUGCGUACACCAUCAAGGACGACCUCUGGGUGAGUCCGGCGCCCAGCCUGCUGUCGGGCAUCACAUUGCUUGCGCAUUGCGGCGUUCAGGACCUCAGCGUGCUGGAGAGGAAGACCGUCAAGAUGGGCAAGGAAGAGAUGCUUAGCGCGCUAUUUAAAACUUUGAUACUCGCUGCUGCCCUCAAGUCCAAGACCGUCCUCACGGAUGUCUUCCUGCCAAAGAAGAAUGCACGCUGCAAGAGGGGACCUCCUGAGGAAGUCAUUCACGUGUGA